AGGCGAGCAUCUCCAACGACUUCCGACGAAGCCUCUCACAUACGGCGUGGACUGGCCGCUGUGAUGGCGAGAUCGCAUACAGAGCGUACCAUGCGGCGUGUCGAGCUUCUAGAGAGACGGCAAUUCUGAAGCAAUUCGCCUUGCUCGUCUGGAGCAUGUCCGAGACGCGCUUCGAUUGCUCGAACAAACGCUUCCUCUCGAUGUCGCGAAGUACAGAAUCACAUGCCUCCGUCCUCAGCCGAGCACGUAUGACGGGCGCUGCGAAGGAAGUGGAGCUGAUUGAGGGGUCGACGAUCAUGUCCUCAAUGCUGCUACCGUCACUCGUUUCUCUCGCCUGAUCGCUCUCACUUCACUUGUGACACUCUAGAUACAGAAGACACCUCUACGACUACCCUCUUCAACCUCCAUCCACCCACCAACAUGCCAGUCACGACCAACACCGGAGGCAACUCGUUCCUCGAGCGAGUCUACAACGUUUCCGACCCGGAAGAGCUCAAGCAUCUAUACGAUGAAUGGGCCGACACCUACGACAGCGGCGUUCUCGAUCCCACUCAAGACUACGUGGCACCCACUUUCGUCGCCCAAGCCGUGGUUGCAUCUUACGGGAACAUAGAGAAUGCUAAGAUCCUCGAUGCCGGCUGCGGUACAGGUCUAUCUGGGCUCCCACUACACAAAGCGGGAGCGAGGAACAUUGAUGGUGUCGACCUUUCCGAGGGCAUGCUCAAAGUAGCCAGGAAGCUGGGAAUAUAUACAGACCUCGCAACUGCGGAUCUGUCGAAGCCGAUCGAGAAGCCUGAUGGAAGCUAUGACAUUGUGGUUUGCGUAGGCACUCUCACACACGGCCAUGUCGGGCCACGUCCAGCGCUUGAGGAGAUGGCGAGGAUAACGAAGAAAGGUGGCGUCAUGGUCUCGACCAUUCUAGACGAUAUCUGGGAAGAGCAAGGCUUUGCGGCUGAGGUCGUCAGGUUGAAGAGCGAGGGCUUGGUCGAAGUUGUCAGCAAUGAGAGCAAAGACUAUCGGCCGGGUGCGAAAGUUACCGCGAAGAUUCUCGUCUUGCGGAAGAAGUAG